AAACCACUGCUCACUCUUCUCUCUUUCUCCUUUUUUUUCAUUUCACAAACACAAACAGUCUAAACAUGGUUGACGUCGACCGGAGAAUGACCGGUCUCAACCCGGCUCAUGUAGCUGGCUUACGCCGUUUAUCAGCCCGUGCAGCUGCUCCAUCCGCUGCAACUUCUCUUCCUGUACGCAACGGUCUUCUUUCAUUCUCUUCCUUGGCUGAUAAAGUUAUAACCCAUUUAAAGAACUCCGGAAUCCCCGUCCAGCCUGGUCUAUCCGACGCUGAGUUUGCACGAGCCGAAGCAGAGUUUGGUUUCGCCUUCCCCCCUGACCUCCGCGCCGUCCUCUCCGCUGGCUUGCCUUUGGGUCCUGGAUUCCCUGACUGGCGCGCUGCCGGCUCCGCUCGCCUCCACCUUCGCGCGUCGCUUGAUCUCCCGAUCGCUGCUAUUUGUUUCCAAAUUGCUCGUAACGCACUUUGGUCCAAGUCUUGGGGCCCCAGGCCCGCUGACCCGGAGAAGGCUUUACGUGUCGCGAGAAAUGCGCUCAAAAGAGCCCCACUGUUAAUACCUAUUUUCAACCAUUGCUACAUUCCUUGUAACCCUUCUUUAGCUGGUAACCCGAUAUUUUUUGUUGAUGAGAAUCGGAUUUUUUGUUGUGGUUUGGAUCUAUCCGACUUUUUCGAACGCGAGUCUUUGUUUCGGAGUUCUGAGGCUGACCCGCAGGUUCUUAAAAAGCAGAGAUCAGUUAGUGAAAAGACAGCUGGAUCAUCUUCAAAUUUUUCGCGGAGAAGUUUGGAUACGGGUCUCGGGUCGAGGACUCCCAGAUGGGUCGAGUUCUGGAGUGACGCAGCUAUUGAUCGACGCCGUAGAAACUCAUCAUCAUCGUCUUCUUCGUCGCCGGAGAGAUUUUUCGAUAUGCCCAGAUCCGAAGUACCGAAGUGGGUUGCAGAGUACAUUAAUCAAAUCGGGUCGGUUCUGAGAGAAGGCGGGUGGAGCGAGUCCGAUAUUGUGGAUAUAGUAAACGUUUCAGCUUCUGGGUUUUUUGAAGGUGAGAUGGUUCUGUUGGACAAUCAAUCGGUUUUGGAUGCUUUGCUUUUGAAAGCGGAUCGGUUCUCAGAUUCGCUCCGAAAAUCAGGUUGGAGCUCCGAGGAGGUUUCGGAUGCUUUUGGCUUUGAUUUUCGACCGGAAAAGGAAAGAAAACCAACAAAGAAGCUGUCGCCUGAACUGGUGGAAAGAAUUGGGAAACUGGCUGAGUCAGUUUCCCGGUCGUAGUACGGCAUCGAGAGAUUCUUUUCUAUUUUGUUUUUACAAUUUUAAGGUCUCGGGGUUUGUUUUUUUUUUAAUUUUUCCUUUUGGAGUAAAAAAUAGAAAUUGAAAAUAUAUAUGGGGAAACGCGUUGUACUAUGAAACAAAGCAUAUAAGAGGGGGUUUAUAAUUA